AAUUUUGUUUUGCUGAAUUGUAAAGAUUUGAGAAGAUAUAAUAACGUAAAAUGUUCGUGUAUUCAAUAACGUCAAGUUCUAUCAAAUUGAUACGCACCCCCUGAUAUGUAAAGGUCUCCUUGAAACACAAAAGACUUGUUGAUGUCAUUGUAACGAAGAUUAAAAGCUUCUUGUGACUGUAGAAAAAAACACAUCGAUAAAGCAUUUUCACCGCAAAAGACAGGAAAUUAUCGUGCGAGUUAGCUGGGUUAUCUGAAAACUCUACUACUCUCGUCGAAAGAUACUGAGCGAUAUCAAUACCGUAAUCGAUGACAUAAGAAAAAGCAACUCUACUUAGCGCAAAAAGACUGGAAGAAAAUCGACUUAAACGUACUAGUAGUACCAUUCGUGCUAUUAUAGUGGCAACAGAAGUAGGUCGAUAAAGGUCAUUUUUCAAAGAACGUUAUUUCAAAGCGUAACAUACGAUUAAACAAGAACAAUAAAGCACUUAAUUGUGCGACCAACUGUCGGAGCUUUUGGAGAAGGGAAUAGACAGAGAGAAAAGUUGGCAUAAACGUAGAAGCAAGCAAUAGUUUUAGUCACUCCCACCUGCUGCGGUGGGCCAGAAGAGCACGUGGUCCAGAACAGCGGUAAUCCGUAUUGCGUCAGGAUCUAUCAUCGGUGUUGUUCCACUUCCACCUCCGGCUAGUCCACCACCACCAUCACUACCACCACCCGCGCUCAGUAUUCGUUUGCCGCCUCGGGUGAAGAGUGCGCGUGAGUUCGUAAAGCCGUUUGCUACCACCACUACAACCACCACCUCUCUAAUGGAACAGUAGUGGCACGGUAAACGAUCGCGAAGGUUGCCAACGGUUGUGGCGUUCCUCGUGUAUCGUAUGGUUCUCGAGGUGGCCGCCUCUUCUUUCGGUAGCACGUGGUAGCAUCGAAGAACUCGCGAUAUUCGACUCAGUGGUCCGCGAGCGGCACGACCUCGUCGUCGUCGAAGAGGCACCCUCGAAGCACGAGGGCAUCGGUUGAGAGGAGGGAAGGCGUGAGGCCUUCUGCGCUCCUCGAGGAUGACGCCGCUUCCUCGUCGUCGGCGACGACGUGGAUGUACGCGCUUCUCGGUAAGCUCUAAACGACGAUAAAAUAUUAGGAAAACGUAGAAUCAAGAGCCGAAACGUGGUUGCAACGUGUAAACAAGUGUCUCAGUGUUCGUGAAAAAUUCUGCUCCGUUUGUUUGAAACGCAAGGACUGUACGUUGAAAUUGUCGCUGGUGAAAUUCAGCCGAAACAACGAGGAAUUAAAUGUAUUUAUUUAUUAGAAAACGCGUUAAAUUAAAUUCAUCGUAUUAUCCGUUCAUGAAGGAUUGACAGAUUGUUUCUUCAGUUCAUCUCGAGCAACGUGAUUCGAGUUGCACGAUCGCGUUAUUUCCUGGUUUCUCUUAUAUUCCUCGAGUGCAAUAGUGGUGUUCUGUAUUGUUAGAAAGCGUUUUAUACUCGGUGAAUAUUUGGUGGAAUGACACGUGUCAGUGAAAAUGUGCACCGUCUUUCUAGGAUGCUUCGAUCUCGACAUAAAAUUAACGCUUGUCGACGAACUACGUGCCUCUGGAAUCUCACGUUGCGCAUCCAAGACGAGGGUGGAUUACUGCCAGAUAGCGGUGGUGUCGUGGAGAACGAUGUUAUGGUCGGCGAUGGCACCUGCGUGAAUACCUGCGGUCUCCAUCAACAUCAACAGCAACAUUCUCCAGGUCAUCGUUAUCGCCAAGAACAAGCGCAACUUCAGCAACAGCAACAACAACAGUAUCAGCAACAACGUCAGCAGAAGGAGCUGGAAGAUUUUCUAUACUUUCGUGGACCACCGGAUCAGGAGAUGGUGGCCCAAGAAAUGGCACAGAGUUAUACGCAGCUCCUCCACCCGAGUCAGGAGCCACAGGAAUUCAUUUCGCUGGAGGAGCUUCAUCCGCGUAUUCACCAGGAACAUCGUGUUCACGAUAACCGCGGUCGGAUAGUCUCAACGAUCUUAUCGUCCGAUACCCAACUCUACCAGCAUCAUCAUCAUCAACAACAACAACAACAAGGGAAUUACUAUAAUCUCUCCGCUGUUCAAGAGUAAGUGAUAAAAGCUAUGCGUUGUUGUCAUGUUUAAAUAGUUAUCGUUUGUGCCCCUCUCCGUUCAUCAUGGCUACGUACGUUCUGGAAAUAAGCGUUUUAGUUCAGGCAAUUACGACAGUAGAACUCCAUUGUUUACUCGCAUGACAUUUUCGUUAAUAGUCGUUUAACUGACACCAUUAAUCUGAAUAUGAAUUCCUGCGAAUGAAAAAUAAUAGAUAGAGAAGAAAAUUAGUAAACUUGAAUGAAUCGUUUGCCUAUGACGUGUUCAAAUAAAUGGAGUUCCACUGUACACUCUUAUAGUUGUACGCUUCAUCUGCGCGAUGGAAAUCAUUUUUCGGUGAUUCAGCUUUCGUCUGAAGUAAUAUAGUAGAACUCCUUUCAGAUUAGUAGAACAAAUAUUGACGCUUUGCACUUGGAAACCAUUUCAACGUCCCUUUUCGUCAACUCGUUAAUUGAAACGCGAAUUUCUGACAGAAACUUUAUGAUUACUUUAUUUCCUUUAUCAGUUUGCUAUGAUUAAGAAACGUU